AUGAGGUUCUCCGUUUUCAAGGAGACAGCCGCCCAUGUGACCAGAUUCAACAGCCGCCGGCCGGGUGAUGACCACGACCAGACGUACACGAUGGAGCUCAGCCAGUUCGCUGACUGGACGCCGUCAGAGUUCCGCCGCCGCCGUUGUGCCAUACCUCAUCAUGAACUCGAACAAGGCAACGAUUACGAUGAAAUGAUCAUGACGACCGAGGCAGAAAAUGUUACGUCGUCGUACGGAAACAUGAACCACUUGUUGCCAAAGGAGGUUAACUGGGUGAAGAGAGGAGCGGUCACCUCUGUGAAGUCGACUCGAAAAUUGAUCACUCUGUCGACACAAGAGUUGGUCGAUUGUGAAAGUAAGAAUUGCAAGCCUUACAGAGUAGACAUUGCUUUUCGGUUUAUCAAGAAAAACGGGAUCACGACGGAUCGGAUUUAUCCCUACAUAGCUAAAUAUUCGGGAUAUUGUCACCUUGAAAAGAAAAACAAGCCCGCGGUAAGGAUUGAUGGCUACUAUAGGGUUCGUCGUAAUAAUGAAAGGGCACUAAUGAUAGCGGUGGCUAGGCAGCCUGUGGUCGCUUUAAUCGAAGCGAGUCCCGACUUUCGUCAUUACUCUAAAGGGGUGUUCGCAGGGGAAUGCGGCACGGUACAGGAUCACGCGGUUACAAUCGUUGGUUAUGGAACAACUCCAUGUGGAAUUCCGUACUGGCUGGUGAAGAACUCGUGGGGCCCACAAUGGGGAGGCGAAGGAGGCUACAUACGUAUGAGGCCCAACGUAUCCGAUAAGAGAGGCCUAUGUGGUAUUGCUAUGGAGGCAUACUACCCGUACAAGUACAAGCGAAGUUGA